AUGGCGGAUAUUUCAACAACCCUCCCAUUGACACGCUCGUCGGUCGUGGCAGCCCACGAUGUGGUCAGACCACAUGUCCACCGGACACCGGUCAUGAUGAACCGCACAAUCAACAGCAUUGCCUCGACACCGCAGGCUUCACUGGAGGGCACGAGGUGGGAAGGACGCACGCCUGCCAAACCCAAGUUCAGGCUAUGGUUCAAGUGCGAGAACCUGCAAAGGAUCGGCGCCUUCAAGGCCCGUGGUGCGUUUCAUGCAAUUGCGAGGCUGAAGCAGGACAAGCAAUGGGUUGAGAGUGGCGGCAUGGAAAAGGGUGUCUGCACCCAUAGCUCAGGCAAUCACGCUCAGGCUCUCGCACUGGCCGCCAAGGAGAACGGGAUACCUGCGUACAUUGUCAUGCCGGCGAUCACGAUACCCCAGAAGAGGGCCGCGACCAAGGGCUAUGGUGCCAAGGUGAUUGACUCUGGCAGCACGGCUGCGGAGCGCGAGGUUGUGGCCGACAAGGUCAUGAGAGAGACUGGUGCCAGGCUCGUUCCCCCCUACGACCAUCCUGAUAUCAUACUAGGACAGGGAACUCUGGGUCUCGAACUGCAGGAGCAGGUUGCGGAGGCGAUGGCCAAGGGCGAGGGAGCUGCCAUGGACGGCUUCAGGGCAGAGGACACGCGACACGACUUCAAGGGAAAGAAGGGCCUCGAUGCCGUCGUCGCGCCCUGCGGUGGCGGCGGCAUGCUGUCCGGCGUUGCACUCAGCUGCGAGGGCACGGGCAUCAAGGUCUUUGGUGCCGAGCCGUCUUUCCAGGGGGCAGACGACGCCAAGAGAGGAUUCGAGUCUGGGACGCGCGUGACCGGCGUCUCGACCAUGACCAUCGCGGACGGACUGCGCACCAACCUCGGCGUGUACCCUUGGGAGGUGAUCUACGAAAAGAAGCUGGUCAAUGGGUUCUACAGCGUGACGGAGGAGGAGAUCAAGGCCGCCAUGUUGCUGGUGCUGGAGAGGUUCAAGAUGGUGGUGGAGCCAAGUGCGUGCGUGCCCCUGGCCGUGGCCCUCUUUGACGAGGACUUUCGGUCCAUGGUGGAACGUGAAGCUGGCGAGGACGGUUGGGACCUUGGACUGGUGUUUUCAGGAGGCAAUGUCGGCGCUGAUGCCAUUGGCAGGCUUUUUGGAUGA